CAAAUUCAAAAACUUCACUUCUUCUCAAACAAUAAUAUCCCUAAAUCGAAAUUGUUUAUUUAACCUUUCCCAUUUCCGGUUUUCUUCAAGCAUGAGUCAAUCCACUCCGGAACGCGGCGGCUCCACUUCCAUCUCCGGCGGUGGCUCUGUCCUAGCAACGCCAAGGCGAGCGGCGGCGACUUUGCUCGUCUCUUUAUCGACUCUGGUGGCGCUCUGUGCGAAACAAGCAAACCGAGCAUCAAAAAAGCUUCAAAUCAAACUGAAAUCGAAGCAAUUGCCGCGAUUAGAGCUACGAUCACCGCAGCUCCGCCCGAAGCGGUUUCUGAAGAACAUAAGUAACACGGCGAUCACGUUAAUUCACAAGAAGAAGAACAAGCGCGGCGGCGGCGGCGAUGCGGAGGAGGAGUGGGGAGAUGGCGGAGUAUGGCAGAAGGCGAUCUUGAUGGGGGAUAAGUGUGAGCCGUUGGAUUUCUCGGGCGUAAUUUAUUACGAUAGUAACGGGAAACAGCUGAACGAAGUCCCGUUACGGUCGCCACGUGCCAGCCCGUUGCCCGCCUUUCUUGCAACCAGUCACCGCCAGGUAUACUGA